GGGAUACCACAGCAACACCUUCCCUAGCAUACAGCAAAUUAUAGAAUACAAAUUAUAGAAUACAUAGAUUGUGAUCAUCCAUCUUCCUCUUGAUUAUAUUCCAGAGGUUUUCAAUAUGGUAAAAUCAAAGAAACGCUUUAAUGUUUCUCCACCAAGUGGCAGCAAAUAAAGCUAAUUCAUUUGAACUAGCCCGCUAAGCCCAGCUGUCUCCACUACAGUAGGAGGCGGUGUGGGUCUAAACACUGCUCUACAGCUUCUCUGCGUGAGAGAAGAGCUGUAAACUCACAUGGGUCUGAGUGCUGAGACUGUCUUCUCCUUUUCUGUGGAUUAAAACCCAAAAUAAUUUCAGUUUUAGAAGAAAAAUCGGCGGUUUUAGUGCAGAACGCGCUGCCCCACUGUCUGAGCUAGCGUAGAUUAGUUUAGCAUAGCUUAGCUUGUCGGCUAACGUGAGGAUGCAAUAAAAACCCGGGAUUUAUUCAAUAUCAGAGAAUGAAGAACCGAGGUGGUGGUGGUGGUGGUGGUGGUGGAUUUGUGGACCAAAGACUAAAGCAGAGAGUUGAACAGUAUCUGAAAUCCAAAAACAGCCAGUAUGUGGACAUUGCUGAAAUGGCUGCUGAUCUUCAGCGUCAGUACAGAAUGGAAUACGGCAGACGGAACAGAAUUGCUUUCAGGAUUCAGGUAGAGAAAGUGCAUGGAGUACUAUGCAGCGAGUCGGGACUCUCUUCUUUAGAAGACAGACACUUGGCCAAAAGAGCGAGACGAAGCCAGGAAGAUGAAGGUGAUGACAGCAGUGUGCUGGAGGAUUCAUCAGACAGCGAGGAGGACAUCUCAGAGCCUGAGAACGCCAAUCACAUGAACAGCUCUCUGAUUUCCCUGUACCGGAAGGGCGACCCGGAGAACGGGACUCCAUCUGAAGAGAAGUCUACAGACAGCCCCGCCCCAGCCUCCGCCCAGAAACCGGCAUCAGGUGAUUCUGCUGCCGCCGCCGCUGCCAGCUCCACCCCUCAUCGCUCUGCCACUGUGGUGGGUAGAGGCGGCUGGUUCAUUGAUAAAACAGGAAAAAAGGACAAAGAAAAUAUUAUGAUCGAUUUGUGUGAGGAGGAGCCGGCUAGCCCUGCGAAACAACCGGAUUUGUACUUACUGGAGCCGGAGAAGAAGACAAAGAAGAGCACGAAGAAAGGAAAACGGAAAACGCGGAGAGAAGGAGGAGGAGAAGGCAAAGAUGUUGACGCUGAUAUCGAGGCGAGCAUAAUGUCGAAAAAAGCACGGACUAAAGCCCCUGAGCUCCAGCACUCCACAGUGAAGUUUGAGGAUGUUGGCGGUAAUGAAGAAACGCUGACGGAAUUGUGUAAAUUGCUGAUUCACAUGCGUCAUCCUGAGGUGUACCAGCAGCUGGGGGUAGUGCCCCCACGUGGGUUUCUCCUUCAUGGGCCGCCUGGAUGUGGGAAAACCCUUCUCGCCCAGGCUGUGGCAGGGGAGAUGGAGCUGCCCAUGUUGAAGGUGUCUGCUCCAGAACUCGUGUCCGGCGUUUCAGGGGAAUCAGAACAGAAGCUACGUGAGCUGUUUGAUCAGGCUGUGAGCAAUGCCCCCUGCAUUCUGUUUAUUGAUGAGAUCGAUGCCAUUACUCCAAAAAGAGAGGUGGCCUCCAAAGACAUGGAGAGAAGGAUUGUGGCUCAGUUGCUCACUUGUAUGGAUGACCUGAACUCAUUAUCUGUGCCAGCUCAGGUCUUGGUUAUUGGCGCCACUAACAGACCAGACUCUCUAGAUCCGGCUCUGAGAAGGGCGGGAAGAUUUGACAGAGAAAUCUGUCUGGGAAUUCCUGAUGAAGGGACACGGCUCAGGAUUCUUCAGACUCUCUGUCGGAAGCUCAGGCUGCCCGUGGACUUUGAUUUCCGGCAGCUGGCACGGCUCACGCCGGGAUACGUGGGCGCGGAUCUGAUGGCACUGUGCCGGGAGGCGGCCAUGAGCGCAGUAAACCGGGUUCUGCUGCAGCGACUGGAGACCCCUGACCCACCUGCUGCUAAUGACAUGGAGGUCUCUACACAUUUACCUGAACCACAGGAUCCAGAAACACAGAACCAGCCGACCGGUACUGACCCUCCCACUGACCAGAGCACCACAGACCACUCCCAGCAAGAUGCCAGCCCAGAACAGUGCCAGGAGAUGAGUGUUUCUACCAGUGUGGUGGAAGAUGGAGAGAGUAUAGCAGCUUCUGAGCCCCUAAUGACACAACAGGGGGAGCUAGUGCAGCUUCUGUCUCUGCUGAAGAGGAGUGAGUCUCUGAGUGAGGAGCAGCUUGCAGGACUCUGCAUCCUGAUGGACGACUUUAAGGCCUCUCUGGCCAGCGUCCAGCCUUCAGCCAAGCGCGAGGGCUUCGCCACCGUGCCGGAUGUCACGUGGGACGACAUAGGAGCCCUGCAGGACAUUCGGGAGGAGCUCACCAUGGCCAUCUUGGCCCCUGUCCGCAGUCCGGAGCAGUUUAAGGCUCUGGGUCUGAGCGCUCCUGCAGGAGUUCUGCUCGCUGGACCCCCAGGCUGUGGAAAAACCCUGCUGGCUAAAGCAGUUGCCAACGAGUCUGGUUUAAACUUUAUAUCCGUCAAGGGCCCGGAGUUACUGAACAUGUACGUUGGUGAGAGCGAGAGGGCCGUGCGACAGGUGUUCCAAAGAGGAAGAAACUCUGCGCCGUGUGUCAUCUUUUUCGACGAGAUUGAUGCUCUUUGCCCUCGGCGUUCUGGUCAUGAGUCUGGAGCCAGUGUCCGUGUGGUAAACCAGCUGCUUACAGAGAUGGAUGGCCUGGAGACCCGCCGCCAGGUGUUCAUCAUGGCUGCAACCAACCGACCAGAUAUUAUCGACCCCGCUGUCCUCAGACCAGGCCGAUUGGAUAAAACCCUGUAUGUGGGUUUGCCUCCGCCAGCAGACAGGCACGCCAUCCUGCUCACCAUCACGAAGGGAGGAAUGAAGCCUCGUCUGGAGUCGGAUGUGAGUUUGGAGGCGAUCGCCAGCGACGAGCGGUGUGACUGCUUUACAGGGGCUGACCUGUCUGCACUGGUACGAGAAGCCUCAGUUAACGCUUUAAAGUCUCACCUCUCCUCAAAAACACCUCUCACACACACAGAGCACACGUUCUCCUCAGGCUCUGUUAAAGAUAUCAGGGUCAGCAGGCAGAAUUUUGAGGAGGCCUUUAAGAAGGUGCGCCCAUCCGUGUCCAAAAAGGAUCAACUAAUGUACGAGAAGCUGCGGGAGUCUCUCACCAGGUAGUACACCCUCUGGAUAUGUGGAAAUCAAACUGAUGGACGAAUCUGGAUCACAAAUUUGGAUUGCUUCGAUAUAUAUAAUGAUGAAAGUAGUGUUUAUAUAGACUUCGUUGAAUUUUGUAAUAAUAAAAAUAAGGUCAAAUUUGG